UAGAGAGCCACAUCAACUCCACCUCUGCAAACGGAAGGACAGGGUAAUCUCCUCAUAUUGGCACGUUCAGCAAGUGCAGGAACCAGUGGCUGAUGGAGCAACAUCUCCUUGGUAUUGAGCGCAGUUCCAUGGUGGCACAAGGGCAAGAGUAACAGGCUCAGGAAAUGAUUCGUGAUUGCUUCCUUCUGCCAGCUCUGGCUGGGCUGCUGCUGUUGACAGCAACAGCUCUUUCCCUGGAAUGCCUCAAAACCAAAGUGAACAGCUGCCAGGACUGCAUCCAAUCCAGCCCUGAUUGCGCCUGGUGCAAGAAGCCGAUUUUCAGCAAACCAGGAGAACCAGAUUCCAUUCGCUGUGACACCAUCCCGGCCUUGAAGCUGAGGGGAUGCGAAGAGAUAGACAUUGUGUUUCCAAACAGCAAAGCCUCUCUACAAAGAAAUGGGCCAGGUGAAAAAUCACAGCUGGAUCUUCGAACAGUGAAUCUGCAACUAAGAAAAGGUCAGCCGGCUGAGUUCAAUGUCACGUUCCACCGUGCUGAGGGGUUCCCCAUUGACCUGUACUAUCUGAUGGAUCUCUCCUACUCCAUGCAUGAUGACUUGGAGAAAGUGAAGAAGCUGGGAGGGGAUCUGCUUGAAGUUCUAAAGACUCUUACCAAAACUGGUCGGAUAGGUUUUGGCUCCUUUGUGGAUAAGACAGUGCUGCCCUUUGUGAACACACACCCAGAGAAGCUGAAGAAUCCCUGCCCAAACAAGGACACCCAAUGCCAGCCCCCCUUUGCUUUCAAGCAUGUCCUUUCCCUCACUGAUAAUGCAAAAACAUUUGAGGACAAGGUUGGCCAACAGUACAUCUCUGGGAACCUCGAUGCUCCAGAAGGGGGGUUGGAUGCCAUGAUGCAGGUGGCAGUGUGUGGGAACAAGAUCGGAUGGCACAACGUAACUCGUUUGCUGGUGUAUGCCACAGAUGAUGGUUUCCAUUUUGCUGGAGAUGGUAAACUCGCAGCCAUUCUGACUCCUAAUGAUGGCCGUUGCCACUUGGAAGAAAACAUGUAUAAGAAGAGCAAUGAGUUUGACUAUCCAUCUGUUGGCCAGCUGAUCCAAAAGCUUGCUGAAAAUAAUAUUCAACCCAUUUUUGCUGUUACUAGCAAAGUGGUUAACAUAUACAAAAAGCUCAGUGACAUGAUCCCCAAAUCUGCAGUGGGGGAGCUGAAUGAGGAUUCCAGCAAUGUCAUCCAACUCAUCCAGGAAGCCUACAAUAGCUUGUCCUCCAAAGUAAUCGUGGACCAUGGUACUGUUCCAGAUAAUCUGAAAGUCACAUAUGAUUCCUUCUGCAAUAAUAAAAAAAUAUCUGUGGAUAAGCCAAGAGGGGAAUGUGAUAAUGUCAAGACCAACGACAAAGUUACCUUCCGGGUGAAGGUUACUGCAAAGGAUUGCAUUAAAGACCAGUCCUUUACCAUCCGGCCCCUGGGGUUCACAGACACGCUCACUGUACAUUUAACCGGUCAGUGCAACUGCAACUGUGGAGAACAAACCGACUCCAGUGCAUGCAAUGGGAAGGGCAACAUUGUUUGUGGGAUCUGCAGCUGCAGUGAAGGCUAUAUUGGCAAGAACUGUGAGUGUGAAACAAAAGGCAAAAGCAGCAAGGAGCUAGAAGGCAGCUGCAGGAAGGACAAUGCCUCCAUCAUCUGCUCAGGCCUGGGGGACUGCGUGUGCGGGCAGUGCACCUGCCAUGCCAGCGAUGUGCCCAACAAGCAGAUCUAUGGAACCUUCUGUCAAUGCGACAACAUGAACUGCGAGGUCCACAAUGGCCAAGUGUGCGGGGGCAAAGAACGAGGGCUGUGCGACUGUGGUGUAUGCAAAUGCCAAGAUGGCUAUGAAGGCAGUGCCUGUCAGUGCCAGAAAACAACAGAUGGCUGCAUGAAUGCCCGGGGAAAGGAAUGCAGUAACCGGGGAAAGUGCAAGUGCAACAGAUGCCAGUGUAAUUUAGGCUACCAACCUCCCUUUUGUGAAGUGUGCCCUGGCUGCCCGUCUCCAUGUGCCAAAUAUGUCUCCUGUGUGGAAUGCCAGGCAUUUGAGAGUGGUCCAUAUCAGAAGAACUGCACUGAAACUUGCCCCAACAUCAAGGUUCGUGAAGAACUGAAAGGAAUUAUCAAGUCCUGCAGAGAGAAGGACUCUGAGAAUUGCUGGAUUUCCUACCAGAUGGUGCAGGAUGAUGGAGAGGAACAGUACUUAGUCAAAGUGAAAAAAGAAAAAGAGUGUCCACAGCCUCCUAGCAUUGCGGCGAUUGUGGGUGGUACUAUUGCAGGAGUGGCCCUCAUUGGGCUGGUGCUGUUGGUGAUCUGGCGGCUGGUGGCGGAGCUGGUUGACCGCAGGGAGUACCUCCGAUUUGAGAAGGAGAAGUCGAAGGCCAAGUGGAAUGAUGCUGACAAUCCUCUGUUCAAGAGUGCUACUACCACUGUUGUCAACCCCAGGUUCAAUGGAGAAUGAGGCAGAGCAACUGUGAACAGCACUGGGAAGGAACAACUGAUAGACAAGGAAAUCCCAGCCUCAGGGCUCUCCUGUUUUAUUCUCUCCCAAAAGGCUUCUUGGGACUUGUGCUUCUUCCAAUAAGCCACAGGGACAGGUCAGGCUUCACCCAACAUUCAGUGUCAUGAAUUUCCCUUUUCACAGCUCUUACAAGCUUUGUUGAUAGAGAUGUGAGAAUGAAGCAGCAUAAGCAGUGAUGGAGCAUUAUUGUCGGCAUGUGUUAGGAUCACAGUCCCACCAGUUCUCAAUGCUCAUAUUUGCCAUGUGAUGGGAGCUUCUACCACUGGAACAUGAAAAGAUCUUGACCUUCCACAACACAACAGAGAAGAUGUAGUCUCCACAUUGCUCCCAAGAUGGAUCUUGAGUUAAGCUUUUACUAAAUGUCAUCACCUUUCUAUUUUAAUGCUCCCUGCUCAAAAAGGCGUUGGUCACUUUAAUACCUUUCUCUGUUGUAUCUUGCUUUCUCAGUAACAGCUCAGCUCUAAGCCACUCGGUGCUAAAUUUAAUCUAGUCUAAACCCACAGGCUAAGGUACUCAGGCUAAAGGACCUCUCAGGGCAGGAUACUGAAGGUUGCAGUGAACUAUGGGGCCAUGCUUGCCCAUGCCUCUGGCUAGAAACAGGGAGCAGUCCUGGAAUGUGCAGUGAACUGUUUUCCUGCCAAAUCAUCAGCCCCUCCCCAGCGACUAACUCUUUUUCAAGCCUACAUCAGGGCUCUUAACUGUUUAUUUUUUGUUUGUGUCUGGAGCACCACACAACACAGCCUGCUGUAUGCCUUGAACACACAUAAAGGUUGUAAACUCCAGCUAUUCUGAAUGUGGGGUUAGUGGUAAGGGAGAUGUUAUUGAAAAUGGUAAACACAGCAGGAAGCAGUGCAACAAAGAGCUCUGACUAUAACCCCACAGCAUAGAUUUCUGUCCUACUUGUUCCCCCCUCAAAUGACCUCCCUGUCCUAUAUGAUGAAUCCAUCACAUACUCAUGGAAGAAGGAGGCUGGUAAAGCAGGACAGCAGUUCUUAAGGAGUUUCUCUACACACAGCGCUAUUGAGAAGAAGUUUGUUCCAGUGGUUCAUUCUUAUUUUGUUGGCCCCUGUAAAAUGUCUGCAUGACCCUUGUACAUGUUUUCUAUACAGGAUUAAUUGGUCUGUACCUGUUAUCAUGUCACAUCUCUAUCCUUCUCUGUUUAAAACUAAUAAAAAGUAAUAUAAAGAAAACCACAA